UCACUGUGUCGCUGGGGUAUUUCAGCCCUAUAAGGCAGCCAAUAUCAUCGGGUAUUUCCAGUGGCCACCCAACCGUCAAGAGUCUGCAUCUGCAAUGCCUUCCCAGACCGGUUGCAUGGCUCUUGGUUAUCGACCAACUACCAACCACCAACUACCAGCACUCCAACCGCAAGUGGGCCAAUUGUUGGUAGGCAGUUAAGCGCCACCAACUGAGUCAACCGAAGGCCGAUUCUCAUAUGUUUGGGUUAGAUGUUUAAUUUGGCCAUUUAGAUUCAAAGCGCACUGCGCUGGCUUCUUACGCAUGUGGUGAGCUCAACGUUGCUGGCUGAAAAAGUAAGAGGGAACUAGUUCAGCAGUUGAGCUAAUAGAAAUAUAUAAAAUUCAAACAAAAUUAUCAAACAAAUAUACAGAAAGUAUAUAGGAAACUGUUACGAUCGUCUUAACUAAAUAGAGAGGUAGUAAAAAUAUCCAAAUUAUUAGUAAGGUAAUAUGCACUAAUGCAUUGCCCAAGUGGCAUAACCAGGAAUGUGAAAUUCCCUCCUCGCCAUCGCGAACCACAUGGCGCAUGUCUGCUGGCAGCCAAGUGUCGGAUAAGCCGAUCUCAACUGGGUUUUCCCGGGGCACCCAACCUCCCUCCACCACCCUAUGAAUCAGAUGAAUAAAUUACGCGUAUUCAUUCCGCAUCCAGUUGCCAGCUCCAGUUAUAUCAUGAGCAGCACGUUUUGUCAAAAAUAAACGCGAUGCGGUGCAAAUGGUAAACAAAGAGCACUGAGCCACAAACAGCGCCACUUCCGUUUCGGGGUGACUUUUACUUUCUGCAACGCAAUGUGGCUGCAACCCAAUGUUGCUGCUGCAACUGCAACAGCAACAGCAAUCGCAUGACAUUUGCAGCGUGCCAAAUUGCAAGCAUUCAAUGUCGCAGCCAGCGGGUUAUGUAAUUAAAUUUGGCCAAAAUGUAGGAGUGGUGGCCGCGGCAGUGGCAGCGGGCCAAAACCAAACGCAGGUCUACGUGACGGAUUCCUGCCUGCAGAAGCCGUACCGCUGUCCCCAUCCGAAGAUCCAGUUCUACCUGUACACCCGUCGCACUCAGGAGCUGCCGGAGUUCAUAGAUGUCCUGGACGCGAAUGCCCUCUACUACACGCACUUCAAUCCGCGGCAUCCCACCAAGAUCAUCAUCCACGGCUUCGGGGGCGGAAGGACCCUGAGUCCCAGUCCGGAUCUCCGGGAGGCGUACUUCAGCGUGGGCGAGUACAACAUCAUCAUCGUGGACUACGCCGAUGCGGUGAAGGAGCCCUGCCUGAGCCAGAUGGACUGGGCUCCCCGCUUCGGCAGCCUCUGCAUCUCCCAGCUGGUCAAGUACCUCGCCCGCCAUCCGCGGGGCGUUCAGCCGGACGACCUGCACUUCAUCGGCUACAGCGUGGGUGCCCACAUCGCCGGUCUGGUGGCCAACUACCUGAAGCCCGAGGAGGGGAAGCUCGGCAGGAUCACCGCCCUGGAUCCAACGAUAUUCUUCUACGCGGGCGCGAACAACUCCAGGGAUCUGGACACCACCGACGCCCACUUCGUGGAUGUCCUGCACACCGGAGCCGGAAUCCUCGGGCAGUGGCACUCCAGUGGCCACGCGGACUUCUAUGUCAAUGGAGGCACCAGGCAGCCAGCCUGCGUCGGAUCAGCCACGUUGUUUCAAACCUUGGCCUGCGAUCACACAAAAGUCACUCCCUACUUUAUUGAAUCUAUAACCACGACCAGAGGAUUCUAUGCAGGUCCUUGUCCCAAUUUGUUCUCCUAUCUGAUAGGCUGGUGUGAGCCCAAGGAUUCGGAGUACGUGCUCAUGGGAGAACACUGUUCCCACAAAGCUCGAGGGAAUUACUAUGUGACCACCAAUGCGAAGGCGCCCUUUGCCCGAGGAUUUCCCGGCAAAGGACGUUCGAAUGGAGAGUACCAGGGAGUACGGAGAUAAUGCUUUUCAACUCGGCGUAGUCAGAAUACGAAAUACAUAUAGUACUUACCGCCUGGAUUUAUGCAUCUUUUACACCGUAGCACACAUGUGAUUUUAGCUUGUUUCCUAUUUGAUACCUAUUUAUUUCGUAUUUUUGUUAUUAGUUCUAAAUGCAGCCAUUUUUAAUUGGGACUUGUACAAAUGAGUAGUUCUAAUCGUUAAGUUGUAUGCUGAAAGUUGGAUGGAAUAAAAACUCAAUGUGUUUGGCAUAAUU